AUGAUAAGAAUAUGUCCCAUUGUUAGAUCUAAGGUUCCACUGUUAGGAACUUUUCUUAGAUCCGACUCAUGGUUGGCACCUCAUGCGCUAGCUCUAAGGCGGGCCAUAUGCAAAAACGUUGCAUUGAGAAGUUAUUCAGUGAACAGCGAACAACCAAAACAUACAUUUGAUAUUUCAAAACUUACUAGAAAUGAAAUCCAGCAAUUGCGAGAGUUGAAAAGAGCAAGGGAGAGAAAAUUUAAAGAUCGUACGGUUGCAUUUUAUUUCAGCAGCGUCGCGGUACUUUUCUUGGGUUUGGCAUAUGCAGCGGUACCACUCUAUAGAGCCAUUUGUGCUCGUACUGGUUUUGGUGGGAUUCCCAUAACAGAUAGAAGAAAAUUUACCGACGAUAAACUCAUUCCUGUAGAUACUGAGAAGAGAAUUCGUAUCUCAUUCACCAGUGAAGUAUCACAAAUUUUACCGUGGAAAUUCGUUCCUCAACAACGUGAGGUUUACGUUCUGCCUGGUGAAACAGCCCUCGCUUUUUAUAAAGCCAAGAAUUACAGCGAUAAAGAUAUUAUUGGUAUGGCUACUUAUAGCAUAGCGCCUGGUGAAGCAGCUCAAUACUUUAAUAAAAUCCAAUGUUUUUGCUUUGAAGAACAAAAGCUAGCUGCCGGUGAAGAAAUAGAUAUGCCUGUCUUCUUUUUUAUCGAUCCAGAUUUUGCUAGCGAUCCAGCGAUGCGAAAUAUCGAUGAUAUUAUUUUACAUUACACAUUCUUCAGAGCUCAUUAUGGUGAUGGUACAGCUGUAAGUGACUCUAAAAAGGAGCCUGAGAUGAAUGCAGAUGAAAAAGCAGCGUCAUUGGCUAAUGCUGCUAUUUUAUCCCCAGAAGUUAUAGACACAAGGAAAGACAACUCAAAUUAA